AUGACACAAACCAUUUUGGAUGGCGGAAAAGAUGACACUGGGUACUACACGCCGAAAAACAUACUGAAUCCGGCCAUGUUCAGGUGAAUUCCUUUCAAUUCAAUCCGUAUAAAUAGAAGCUCUAGACUAGCAGAGAUAACUCGAGCUUUGAGCGAAGUCAACAUGGAAAUCGAACAGGAGAAGCUGUUCGACGACAGAAGACACACGAUCAACGUGGAGCAGUUCAGCCACGAAGAGGAAGACCGACUCUCCCCACAGCACAUCAAAGACGUCGAGGGGUGAGCGAAUCACUGCCCUUGUUCAACUAUCACCUGAUUGCAGGAUACAAAUGAGAAGACAAAGCGAACGAAGAAAAUCCGGAUGGACGAAGACUUUGAAGAAGCACGAAGAUAACAUCGGAAGAGGAUUACUAAUAAUCCUCGUGAUUUGCAUCGCCUUAAUAGUUGUCCUAAUCUUAUGGAGCUGA